AUGGCCAAAUUAGGGUGGAAAGUUUCCCAAGCACCUAAGAAUCUUGCUCAGGAAUGCAUUAAUUCGAAGUAUAUCUAUGAUGAUAAAGUUACCAAGUUCUCCAAUGGCUCUAAUAUCUGGAAAAACAUAGGAAAAGGCUGGAGGCUACUCCAAGAUAAUUGCUUUUGGAGCCUUGGAAAUGGUCGGAAAAUUAAACUAUGGGCUGAUAACUGGCUAAGCAUAGGCUCGCUUACAUCCAUCAUUCAGGGCCCGCUGAUGCCUUAUGAGGAAGAAAUGAUGGUCUCUCACAUUGUAGUUAAUGGCAAAUGGGAUGUUAAUCAGCUCUCAAUGGUCCUCCCCCAUAGAAUCCUCGAUAGAAUCCUCAGUUUUCACCCUCCUUCCGAUGAAAAUCGGGACGACAUGCUUAUACCCUCCUUUACCACCCUUAAGGGUUUUUCUUUGGCAAGGGCUUAUGAGGCCCAAUUUCAUGGCCCAUGCAUGAAGCUGGACUGGUUUUGGAACCACCCCAUGGAGCCUAAAUUAAAAUUUUUCUUUUGGCUAUUAUGGAGGGACCAGAUCCCCCAUAAAUGGCUUCUGUACAUUCGUCAUAUUACUCCUAACUCUAAUUACCCGAGAUGUGCUUCCCGUGGGGAAGAUUCCGAUCAUGUCAUCCGAGGAUGUACGUUUUCCCAAGAUGUCUGGGCACUCUGUACACAACCUUUGCACUUGAUUGUCCCCUUAGUAGAUUGGUUACAAAUGAACUUAGAGAGUGAGGGGGUCUUUAGAGGGUAUGCUUGGACGGACAUCUUUCCUUACCUAUGUCAUGAAUUAUGGAAAGAGCGUAUUGAGUGUGCUUUAAAAGGGAAGAACCCAGCCCAACCCUCAGUGGUCGUUGACCGCGCAAUCCCUCUAACAGCCGCUAGGGCCCAAGCAUACUACCAGACCACGAGUAUUGAAAAUUUGCAAAUUUUUAGUCAAUCUAGCCCCUUCAUAAUUGAAAACCAGGAGAUGUACAUCAAUGUGGACGCUUCAUUCACUCAUAUCAAUGAGAAUAUAGGGGCCAUUGAACAAGGGCUCCAUAUUGCGAAAUUACAUGACAUUCAUCCAGCUACUUUAUAUUCGGAUUGUCUACAGGUGAUUAAUCUCCUUUGUAAUAAUGAUGGUUUUCUUGACAAUUAUAUGAGUGUGUUGGAAAACUGCCAAAAGCUGUGGAAGGACCUCCCAAAUUUGAAGAUUAAGCAUUGUAAGAGACAACACAACAAGAUCGCAGAUGCAUUAGCUAAAGCUUGUCGUAUUAGUAAGGAUAGUACAAAUGAUUUUGGGUCUGAGAAAUUGAAAACCUCCAGGACGAGCAAUCGUGAAGCCAGAAGAUAUGAACUUGUGUGA